AGAAGCAGGGAGAGAGAGAGCGAGAGAAAUUGGAUGCAUCGCCGUUAAAGCCAGAUCCAGCCGGCCAGAAAUAUUUAAACAGUAAACUCAUGUAUUAAACAAAACCUGCAACGGGAGAACCCCCCAGUCUCGUAAACAAGCUCAACUUUUCAAAGUUAGUGCUACCAUCAGAGAACAUCCAUUCUACAUGGAUCCUGGGAAUAAUGAGCUGGAAUCCAGUUUUUCCCAGUUGGACAAUCCCUGCUUGAUUGUUGAGGACUCCCAGCCCGACAGCGCUGCCUUGGAGGAAGACCCCGACAGUAGCUAUCGCUCCCUGUUAGCCCGUCGCCUCUCCAACCUGCAGCCCACAUCUCCCAGUCCUGUUUUGGAGCUGAUAUCGUCUCCACUGGGAAGCAAGUGCUCUCCGACAGAUAGCCUUGCAAACAUCGAGCAGAGGAACACACAGCCCAGCUCAGCUAGUUUGGAAUCGGCUCAGAGUUCUGACACACGGGAGCAUAGUCAAGUUCUUGAAGUGUGCUCCCCAUCCAAUCAAAACAGUGUUCUAGCCCCUAUCACCAGGAAGUGUGCAGGGGAAGAGAUGGAGGUGGAUGCUGGGGCGGACUCCACCACACAGUGUGCCCAGUCUGAAGGAGGAGCAUCUCAGUUUGGUUUUCUGGAGCUGUCGGAGAGCCAGGGUCUGAACCAUGAGCUGGACAGGAAUGAGGAGAGCCAGGUGGAGAGGCCCAGAACUCCACUCAGACAGACGGACAGCCAGCAGCAGGCUAAGCAAGGAGCUGUACUGAAAACGGCAGCAGGUGUGGCUUCAGGUAGCCAGGCCAACUCAUCUAAAAGGUCAGAGGUGAGCUCCAGCUGUCUGUCAGAGCGCUCGUCCGGCGAGAGGAAGCAGAUGAGCAUCCAGGACCUGCUGCAUGGCCAGGGGUCCGAGGCCUCGGCCGAGGCGGCCCAGGAGCCCGAGGACGAGGUGCCUUCUUCCCAGGAUGACUUAUUCGACGCCGAGAAGACCGGGGGUGGGGUGGACAGCACCGUGAAUGAGCCAGAGAGCCAGCACCUGCCGACGUGCACCCCUGCCAGCACCCUGCGACUGCUGCACCUUUCAGGACGCGGCGUCCUGGUGCAGGAGAGCCUCUCCCAGAACUCUGCUGAUUUUGUAGCACCUACUCAGGACUGUUUAAGCCAAACACCUCUCAUAGUACCUAACUCACCCACAGCACAAGAGAAUGAGCAAGCUUUUGAGGAGCCUAUGGAUACAUCCCUCCCUCCCGAUGAGCCAGAUUGCCUACAGAAAAAAGGGGAGGAGCCAAUGGACAUGGACCAGGCUCCUGUCCAAUCAGGCACAGCACCCAAACCACAGCCCUCUGCAUCUACUCCAGUAUCCCAGCAUUCCCCUGGUUUUGUCCUGGAGAAAAACAUCUCUGUGCCUACCCUUCCUGAGCUCUCCCAAGAUGUAUUUGUCCCAACCCAGAGCCUGGGGACAGGAAGUAGUACUGACAGGGCAGGAACACAAAUGAAGGAAGCUCCUCAAAAGGACAGGCGCUUAUCACUGGAGUGCGGAUCUCCUGGGCCGUCUCACUCAGAGGUGAAGCGCAUUGCCAGCCAAUCGCUGCCCAGCGAAGUGGCUGAGUCGUUCCAGUUAGAACUCUCUACUCUCAGUGAGCACAGCAGUUUUGCACAACCUUCAGAAAAGCCGCGGGAGGCUGAAGAUAGCCAGGCGACACAGAUAGAGGAGUUGGGGGGGCUUGUAGCCACAUCUGCCCGUAACUCCGUUACCUCGCACCACAGUUCCCAGAAGGAGGGAAACGGUGUCUGUCCAGAGCCUGUACCAAAAAAGUCCCCUAGUGAACCGAAAGCAUCCCAGAUGUGUGAAAUGAGGAAGGCUAAUGUGCUUGAUGGUACGGGGGAGGCAAACUCUUCAAACGAGCAAACUUCACAGGGAGCGUACUCUGAGACACCCAAACCCACCACUCCAGCUUUGAAUGUAACAAAUGCCACAGAAACUAUUGACCUGACAAAAACUUGCAGUUCACAGAACCAAGACUCUGCUAGCUCCCUGAAGAAAGCUGUGACCAUAGACUUAACGGGAUGUUCACAAGAAAAUAACCCCCUGUCCUCAGCCCGGAGUGCCUGCGUCCCUUACAGUUUAUCAUCCGUAUCGGAAUCUGAGUCCAUACUGCCGUCAAGAGUCGCAGAACUUGAGACCCAUGACAUGGUGAUGGAGGUCCAGUCCAAGAGUCCUGAGGUCUGUGUGGAUUCUGGGGCAUUGGUGGUUCGGUCAAGUCCGAAGGCUUCACAGAAGCUGGCUAAUGCUACAGGGAGCGUUAGAAAUGACCUGGUUGUGGAGGAGGACAUGGAAGAGGCAGAGAGGCAGGAGGACACGACAGGGGAUGAGAGGUCCGGUCUCUGCCUGUCUCCCUCCCAGAGCCAGGCCGUCUCCCCAGAGCCGAUGGAGGAGGAAUGUGCUCCUUCUCCCAAGGCGCAGAACGUCCUGAGAGAACAGGAGCAGACCUCCAAAAAGGAGGCAAGCAGCAGCAGCGUUAUCCUGGUGGAGGAGAGCGAGAGAAUCUCCCAACAGAAAGGCACGGUUGUGACCUCGCAGAGCGAAGGAGGCGUGGCCCCAGGCUCCCAAGGAGCUUCUCCGGCUUUGCGAAGAUCAGGAACUCCAGGAGUCGACAUGAACAAGAAUGCUGCAUCCCCCACCGGCUCCCAGACCAAAGGCCCUAGCCCCUCCCCAGACAGACACUCACAGACUGUGAAGGUGGGGUCACAGAGCACCAGGCCAGCCGAUGUCCGAUCCCCCAGAGGAGCAGCAGGUCGAGGCAGAGAGAUUUCUGGGAGCAAAAGCCCCAGUGAUAGCUCUGGAGAAAUCCCAUUUCAUUUCACUCUUCCUAAAGAAGGAGAAUUCAUUGGUCCUGUGGCCACUGCCACGCCUCCUCUGAUCAACCAAUUGAAGCAGACGCCCAGGCACAGCACUCCUAUUGAAAUGAGCUCCUUUUCAGAGAGGUCGGCAGGUGAUGUCACUAGGGAGACUGAAAUGGCGGCUAGCGAUAUCACAGUGGAGGAGAGCAGAGAGGCAACAAAAGAGGACCUCUCUUCCCCGGCCGCUGCAGAGCCUGAUGGGAAACUGAGUUUGAGGAUGAAACUUGUGACCCCAGUGGAGGAGACGAGCUCGUGCUCAGAACGCUUCAGUCUACAGAAACCUGCACUAUCAGAAGAGGAUGGCUCUGUUUCCAAGGUUACCACUGUUGUCAAGGCUGUUACCAGCCCAAGGUCCGGUCAGUCAGUGUUCAGUCGUGUAUGCGAGGCACGCAGACAGGUGGAGGUGGAAGAGAAGGCCCUACCCAGCAUGCCUUGCACUCCUACCAGGGGAGACCUGCGCAGCUCACCCCAGUCUCAGGAGAGGGAUUCUCAAAGGGAGGCUCCAAGUUCACAGGGUCAGCGGACCAAGAAGGUCCCUGGCAACAGCCAAUCAGUAGAGCUCUCUGCUAGCCCUCUGGGAGAAGGCUUGGCGUCAGCAGGCGCUGGUGGGAGCUGGACGCCGGAACGGUCGUCUCGCCGAGCGGACCUUCACGCUGAAACACUGGGUCUGGCAGAGGGCGGGGCCAGUGGGUCCAUCCCUGACAGGGAGGGGCCAGAGGAAGGGGAAACUCGCAGGGCUUCAGGAUUGGUCGCCAGCGGUACCCCAUCGAGGCAGAGAGCAGUAUCCCAGCAGACCAGCUUUGAUAUUGCCACCUUUCCCAGUUCUCCUAACAGAAAUCGCCAGAGGGCCGUGUCUCAGCAGACCAGCUUUGAUGCCUCUGGCCCGCAGUUCCCAGGAAGCAGGGGGGAGUCGGAGUUGCCCCCCCGCGCUCCCGCGGGGCAGUCCGUGCGCAGACACGUGCGCACCAUCCGGGAGGUGCGCACCACCGUCACCCGCAUCAUCACAGACGUGUACUACGAGAACGGGCAGGAGGUGGAGCGCAAGGUCACAGAGGAGUCGGAGGAGCCGGUGCUGGACUGCCGCGUGAUGGAGAACGACAUCUCGCCGUCGCGUACGGGCAGCUCCAUGACCUCCGGGGACCUGGCGGACAUCAGCUCCCUCUCCUCCAAGGCCUCCAGCCUGCAGCACAGCUCCAGCGGGGCCAGCAGCGGGGGCCCGGGGCCUGCCAGGAGGGCCGGCUUCAUCGUGCCGUCCACCCGCGGGGCCAAGUCUGCAAGCCCCCGGAAGGGGAGCGGACAGCAGCAGAGGGCCCACCGGGGGCGGGGGGGGUCUAACGGGACGGAAGAGAGGGAGAGAGCUCAGGGGACUCGGCCCCUUGUCCCUCUGACGCCUCGCGGAAGGGCCCGUCGGGGCCGGCCCCCCUCCCGGGGCCCCCUGUCCAGGGGUGGCGCAGCCCUGUCCAGGGACAGCGUACGGGGACUCCCCUUGUCCUCGGAGGAGGACGAGCCGUACACACGGGUGUGUGCCCGGCAGGCGGAGAACCCCCCCAAAUGUGGGACCCCUGGCCCUACGGUCAUGGCCCUGGACUCCUCCCCUGACAGCGGGGGUUCCAGCAGCUUCGUGGGGCUCCGUGUGGUGGCCAAGUGGCUGUCCAACGGGUACCUGUACUCGGGCUGCAUCACGCGCGACCUGGGCGCCGGACGCUUCCGCCUGCUCUUCGACGACGGCUACGAGUGCGACGUGCCGGGCAAGGACAUCCUGCUGUGCGACCCCAUCCCCCUGGAGACGGAGGUCACGGCGCUGUCUGACGACGAGUGCUUCACCACAGGUGUGGUGAAGGGCCAUAAGACCGAGGGCUCAGAGUUCUUCUACAGCGUGGAGAAGGACGGCCAGUGCAGGUGGUACGGCCGCAUGUCGGUCAUCCUGUCCGUGGAGCAAGCUAACCGCCUCAGGGAGCAGUUCGGCCUGGGGCCCUACGAGCCCGCUACGCCUCUCGCCAAGGCCUCCGACAUCAGCCUGGAUAACUUGGUGGAGGGAAAGCGGAAACGUCGAGGCGACACGGGGGAGACACCCACCCGGAGCUCCAGCGACAGCCCCAGGACCCCAGGGCCUUCUGGGAAGAGGAAGCUAAUGAGCUCCACCGACGAGAUAAAGACUCCCGCUAAGAGAGGCCGCAAGUCAGCUGGUGCCAGAACGGGGAAGCAUCUGGGCGUGUGCAACACCUCUGGCAGCGGUACCGACCUGCCCUCUGACCCCAAUGACCUGGUGGAGACGCACGGGCCCCUCCCCCCUAGCACCUCCCUCUUCUUAGGCUACGCCUUUCUGCUGACCACCUCCUCGGACAGGGACCGCGAGACCAACCAGCUGCUGGCAAACGAGGAAGACGAGUACGUGCAGAUGGCACCUUUUAACAAGAGCUACACGGAGCAGCAGCUGGAAGCUGGAGGAGGAUUUGUUCUCCAGGACUUUAAUGAGGGACAGUGCAAGGCCGCCUAUCAGAGCCUCCUGAUUGCAGACCAGCACUGCCGCACACGGAAGUACUUGCAGUGUCUGGCGAGCGGCAUCCCUUGUGUGUCUCACAUAUGGGUGCGGGACUGCUGCCAUGACAACCAGCUGCUGAACUACAGGAACUACCUUCUGCCUGCUGGUGUGGGGCUGGAGGGCCGCGUAGUGGAAUGGCAUCCACGCCGCAGUCCGUUCCAGGCCCUUAAGGUCUUGCUGGUCUUUGAUAAGUCUGCAGAAUUUUGGGCCGAGCUGCUGAAGAUGGGUGGAGCUGCCUCCACAUGCAACCAUGAAGUGGACAGCAGCAGCCCAGACUACUUUGCAGAUACGCUUGACGUGGUGGUGAGUAGCCAGUCCUGCCCGCCGUCCGUGCUGAAUCGGGCAGCAUCCCUGGGGCUGCCGGUGCUGUCGCCGGAGUGGGUGAUCCAGAGCCUGGUCUGUGGAGAGCGGCAGGGCUACAGCAGCCACGCCCAGUUCCAGCACAACUACUCGCCCUAGUCCCACCCGACCCAGACACCCCCGACCCGUCAUUGUCCUGUGUUAGUUUUAGUGCAUGCUAUUUCUGUAUAUAGUUUUAAUUCCUCUGUUUUUAUGGAAGAAAACAAUAAAUUGUGAUUGUUUCAUUUUA